AUGGCUGUCAUUUUAUCGUUGAAAAAGUCAGUUCUGGUCUAUUUAGACAGAAGUGGUGGCCUCCAGAAACUGGCCGAAGAUUGUAAAGCAUUCAACGACCCCCAACAGAUUGAAGCAGUCUACAGGUUUUGUAUCGGUGUAAAUCCCUCUGAUGUUAUAGAGGUGGAUCCUAUACUGGGUGACUGUGUCCUGCGUGAUCCCCUAAGAGCAACAUCCUUGUUUCAGUCUGUUUGCUUCCUGGCCAUAAAGACACUUUCACUUGUUGAAAAAAUACACACAGAGAGUCAGGUGAAUGUAAUUCUAAAGUUGACACAUCUGCCUCCAUUUCCUGAGUACACGUUGGACCUUUGUAGUUUUCCUCGUGGGUAUGGGCCCAUGAGGCCUGUCUCCAUGGAGGGCCUGGUCAUUGCCAUGACGAGGGUCACGAAAUACACCCAGGGGGCCAGGUUCCUCUGCAUUAAUGAUGACUGUCCCUGCUCUAAAGGGUUUCACCACAUUCGUGUCCACGCACCUGGAGCCACAGAGUCAGCUACCGUGAGAAACGACUUCAGCUGCAUGAUCUGCAACUCCCAGCUGAAAGAGGAUGUGAAGUUUAGAGUGUUGGGAGACAAACAGCUUGUGGAGCUGAUCCAUGUCAAAGCACUGGAUGUUCUAAGGGCCCAUCAGCAAAGCUCACUGAGAUACCAGUCUGUCACCCUGUUUCUCAGAGAUGAGCUGUGUAACUCAAUGAGAAUCGGCCGCCUCUACAGGGUGUUAGGCAUUCCUGCGCAUGUGCACCAGUGGCCCAACAUUACCUGGAGUGUAGAGGCAAAUAGCGUCCAACCGUGGGAGCCAGAGUACCCCUGUAAAGUCAGUGCCAGCUUCCAGGAGCUGUUGAAGGCCACAGCCGGUUCUCGCUGGAGGUUCUCCACCAUUGUGGCUCACUGCUUUGGGUUGGACGUGGCCCCUCCAGGCCUCUACAACACCUUAAAGCUGGGCUUGCUGCUCAGCUUGGUGCAGACUAGAGCAGAUGCAAAAGAAAAAUCUAACAACUUGGAUCUCCUAGUUGUCACCACUGAUACUCUGAUACUGGAAAGACUAAUGACAUACAGCCUGAGCUUGGCGUGCCGUGGGGUCAGGCAUCAGGCCUCAGGGGAGAUGUUUGCAUCUCUGUCCCGGGACCAACACGGAGCAGGCACUGCUAACAUCCAUGCUGGCUCUGCCCUGCUAGCCACUGGUGGCAUUUGCAUGUUGGGAGAUUUGGGCUGUUAUAAAAAGGACAGGUUGGAUGCCAUUCAGUCAGUUCUUGAGAGCUGCACAGCAUCUGUGUUCAUCCCAGGGAAGAAGUAUGGCGAGGACGCUGACCAGCAGCUUUCCUUCCCAGUCCAAAGCAGCUUCUGGGCUUUCACUGACUCUAUGGAUGCGUCCCGACGGUCUGGGAGGGCAGAUUGUGCCGUACUGGGAACAGCAGAAAUGGGUCCCAUACCAAUUCAAUUAGCAGACGCCUUUGGCCUGGUCAUUCAGUGUAAGGAUAUCAUGGGAGAACAGGCGCUGCUUGCCCAGACUGUCCACACCCUCCAGCAAGCAGUGCAGCCUGGAAAACCCCUCUACCCAUCCUGCUGGGAGUUUUCUACCCAAGACUACCGGGAGUUGGUAGCUCAUGCACAAACUUUGCAUGUGGAGCUCAGCCCCGAAGCAGAGAAAAUAAUCCACGGUUACUACAUGGCCAGCCGAAGAGUCCGAACACAGAGCCAGGGAGUCAAGAUGUCUGUGGCCUCUAUCAAACUACUGAUCUCUUUGGCGGAGGCGCACUGCAAGUUAUGUCUCAGAACACGUGUGCUGGAGGAAGACGCUGUGAUUGCUGUGCUCCUCUGUGAAAACUCAGUCACGCUCAAGCAUGGGGCCUCUGCCCUCGUUAUUCCACCUGAUGCAGUGUUUCCUUGUGACCUGGGAGAUGUGGAUGGUUUGCACAGGAGAGACAAGACCCUGGACGAGCUUCACCAGAAUAUCCUGCGCUUCAUCUACGCGUACGCACCGGGAGCAGACACGUACAUCACAGAGGAGUAA